GGAUCUCCCGACAUGCUUUUCUUCAGGGCCGAGAAGAAGAAGCGUCACGAUGGAUUCUGCUGGUGGACGAAAUGAUAAACUGCUUAAAUUUCACUUGAAUAAAGUUUGAGACGUUCAUGUUUCUCUAGAGAAAAUAUUUACGGAAGAACCUAGCCAACUAAUGUCAGCUAGAUAGCUAACUGUAACACUGCAGCGGAGAUUGUUGGUAUAGCUGAUCACCAUGGCGACGGAAAUCAGCUCGCCGCAGCGCUUCUUCCACAUGCCGCGGUUCCAGCACCAGGCCCCUCGACAGGUGUUCUACAAGAGGCCAGACUUUGCUCAGCAGCAGGCCAUGCAGCAGCUCACCUUCGAUGGGAAACGAAUGAGGAAGGCAGUGAACCGUAAGACCAUCGACUACAACCCCUCUGUCAUCAGAUACCUGCAGAACCGUCUGUGGCAGCGAGACCAUCGAGACUUCAGAGCCAUCCAGCCCGACGCAGGAUUUUAUAAUGACCUGGUCCCUCCUGUGGGCAUGUUGAGCAACCCGAUGAACGCCGUCACCACCAAGUUUGUCCGAACCUCCACCAACAAAGUCAAGUGUCCUGUGUUUGUCAUAAGGUGGACUCCUGAAGGCCGCCGCCUGGUCACCGGAGCCUCCAGUGGAGAGUUCACUCUUUGGAACGGACUCACCUUCAACUUUGAGACCAUUUUACAGGCCCACGACAGUCCGGUCCGAGCAAUGACCUGGUCUCACAACGACAUGUGGAUGCUGACGGCGGACCACGGCGGCUACGUGAAGUACUGGCAGUCCAACAUGAACAACGUCAAGAUGUUCCAGGCUCACAAGGAGGCCAUUAGAGAAGCCAGUUUCUCUCCAACAGACAACAAGUUUGCCACCUGCUCCGAUGAUGGCACGGUCCGGAUCUGGGACUUCCUGCGCUGCCACGAGGAGAGGAUCCUCCGAGGUCAUGGCGCUGAUGUGAAGUGUGUCGACUGGCAUCCCACUAAAGGCCUGGUGGUCUCUGGCAGUAAGGACAGCCAGCAGCCAAUCAAGUUCUGGGACCCAAAGACCGGACAGAGUCUGGCUACACUUCACGCUCACAAGAACACAGUGAUGGAGGUGAAGUGGAACCUGAAUGGUAACUGGCUGCUGACAGCUUCACGUGACCACCUGUGCAAACUGUUUGACAUCAGAAACCUGAAGGAGGAGCUGCAGGUGUUCAGAGGACACAAGAAGGAGGCCACAGCGGUGGCGUGGCAUCCCGUUCACGAAGGCCUGUUCGCCAGUGGAGGUUCUGAUGGCUCGCUGCUCUUCUGGCACACCGGGGUGGAGAAGGAGGUUGGAGGGAUGGAGAUGGCUCAUGAGGGGAUGAUCUGGAGUCUGGCCUGGCACCCGCUGGGACACAUCCUGUGCUCGGGCUCCAACGACCACACCAGUAAAUUCUGGACGAGGAAUCGACCCGGUGAUAAGAUGAGAGACCGGUACAACCUGAACCUGCUGCCGGGGUUGUCGGAGGACGGCGUGGAGUACGAUGACGUGGAACCGAACAGCAUGGCCGCCAUCCCUGGUAUGGGGAUCCCCGAGCAGCUGAAGGCCGCCAUGGAGCAAGAGCAGAGCAGUAAAGAGGCGGCUCCUGAUGUGGAGAUGUCCAUCCCUGGUCUGGACUGGGGCAUGGAUGAGGUCAUGGGUAAAGACGCCAAGAAGGUCCCUCAGAAGAAAGUGCCGUAUGCCAAACCGAUCCCAGCACAGUUCCAACAGGCUUGGGCAGAGAAUAAAGUUCCCAUGAUGCCGCCCUCCGCAGAUCUGUCCAAAGACAGGAAGGUGGAGCAGAAGGUGGAAUUGAAGAAGAAAACUCAGGCGGAGAUCGAGCAGGAGAUGGCGGCUCUGCAGUACACCAACCCCAUGCUCUUGGAGCAAAUGAAGAUGGACCGAAUGAACCAGAUCAACACAGACGGCAACAUGGGCCCCCCACAGGGUCAGGGCCCCAUGCCCCCCUUCCCUGGCCCUGGUGGCCCCAUGCCUCCUGGCCAGCAGGGCUUUCCUCCAAACAUGCCUCCUCAGCAAAUGCCCAACAAUAUGGGCCCCCCCAUGGGCCCUGGAGGCAUGCAACCUCCUUUCAUGCCCCAAGGACAAAUGGGACCGCCCACAGGACCCCAGCCUCACCAAGGGCCCCCUCAGGGCAUGAUGGGACCACCAGACAUGCAAGGACCUCAAGGUAUGCAGAGACAUCCUGGCCCGCCAAGAAACAUGGGCCCCCAAGGGCCUCAUGGUAUGGGACCCAGAGGGAUGCAGGGUCCCCCUGGAGGGAUGAUGGGCCCCCCUCCUCGAGGAAUUGGUCCAAGGGAUCCUCAGGGGCCUCCAUCUCAAGGGAACAUGAUGGGCCCCCAGGGUCCUAUGCAGGGUGGUAUGAUGGGACCCCCACCCAGGACACAUGGCAAUAUGCCAAAUAACUAUGGGAUGGGCAACAUGCAGGGGCCCCCAGGAGGGAUGCAUGGGCCUCCAGGAAAUAUGCAGGAGCCCCCAGGUAACAUGCAGGGACCCCAUGGAAAUAUGCAGGGCCCCCCAGGUAACAUGCAGGGACCCCAUGGAAACAUGCAAGGACCCCAUGGAAACAUGCAGGGGCCUCCGUAUAUGCAGCACCAGGGCCAGAGCUCAGGGUCUAUGAUGCAUGGCAUGGGGCAGCAGGGGCCCAGCAACAAAGGAGACCCUCGGGGGCCCCCACCCAACCACCACAUGGGACCUCCUGACCGGCAGGGUCCUGGAGGACCUGACCAGGCUUCUGGGCCUUACUGGGGGGACAACCAGCAGGGUCGACAUGGACCACAGGACUUUGAUGGAGGACAGGACUUCCACGGCAGAGGAGAGGAGGGCUGGAGACCAGGACCUGGACCAGGAUAUCAGGGAGGAGGAGGAGGGGGGAGACACAGGGGUGGAGGACACAGAGGAGCAGGAGGGAACGGGGGAAACUGGGGCCCUGAGGAGAGGUUCAGUGGAGGAGAGUUCAGAGGACGCAGAGACGACAGGUUCAGAGGAGGAGGCCCUGGCCGGCCCGGAGGUCGAGGUUACAUUGACGAGUAUGGUGGUCAGGAGGAGGGCUUCGACAGCCCGGAGGAGAUAGGCCGAGGCUGGGAAGGAGGAGGGCGAGGGAGGCCGCCUCGAGGAGGGGGUCCGCCCAGAGGAGGAGGUCAUGAAGGAUAUCGGGACGGACAGCAGAUGCAUGAUGGGUCAUCUCCAGCCGGUCGCGAGCGCUCAUCGUCCCUGCAAGGGAUGGACAUGGCAUCUCUCCCGCCCCGGAAGCGACCGUGGCAGGAUGGCCCGGGAACUGGAGACCCCCGAGAGCGCGAGUCUCCCGGAACCGAUGGAGGUCGCCCCCCUCAGAGGGAGGACGGGGGCUACGGUCCCUCUGGUCGAGGUGGACGAGGUGGCUGGGGUCCUGGAGGAGGACCUGGACCUGGAUUAGGGCCCUGGAGAGGAGGACCAGGACCCAGAGGAGCACCAAGGGGGAUAGGCCGGGGGCGGUAGUUCUGAAGAACCAAACCGCCAUAAAUUUUUCCUGCUCUGGUUGUCUCCCUGCUGGUCCAUGUGCAGAGCUGUGACCAAGUCCAGGACCUGAUAAACCAGAUCCUGAAAGGUCUUCUGACAAACUUUUGGUCAUGUGACACAUUCAGAUCUGCUGAUUGGCCUGUACUGACUGGGACACCUGAGGGGACAGGUAGAGUCUGAAUGGUGAAGUGCAUCUGAAGCACAGGAACCUUUUACCGAGAAUCAUCACGCUGUCUUUUAUUUCACAUCACGUCUGUUUUUGUAAAAGAUUUCUAUGUUUGUGUUUUCACGACUCCACCGAGGUGGACAAUAAAGAUACACGCUUCUAACUCCA